CCCCGGGCCUCUUCAGCUCCUCACCUGCCUGUGAUCCAAGACUCUUCCCUGGAUGGAGAUGUGAGCCCAGGUCGCUGGAGAAUGACCGGGGUGUAUGUGAAUGGAGAUGGUCUGGUGACGCCGCACUAUGCUGGGUGGGACCGGCGCGACAGCGUGGAAAGUGGCUGUCUGGCAGAGGGCAGCCAAGAGGAUAAAGAGGAACAAUCUCGGCAGCUGACCCCCUUCGAGAAGCUGACCCAAGACAUAUCUCAGGAUGAGAAGGUGGUGAGAGAGAUCACACUAGGGAAACGGAUUGGCUUCUACCGGAUCCGAGGGGAAAUUGGAAGUGGGAACUUCUCCCAAGUCAAGCUCGGGAUCCACUCCCUAACCAAAGAAAAGGUGGCCGUUAAGAUCUUGGACAAGACCAAGUUAGACCAGAAGACCCAAAGGCUGCUCUCUCGCGAGAUCUCCAGCAUGGAAAGGCUGCAGCACCCCAACAUCAUCCGCCUGUACGAGGUAGUGGAAACCCUGUCCAAGCUCUACCUGGUGAUGGAGUACGCGGGAGGCGGGGAACUCUUCGGGAAAAUCUGCACCGAGGGGAAGCUGUCGGAACCUGAAAGCAAGCUGGUCUUCUCGCAGAUCGUGUCUGCCGUGAAGCACAUGCACAAGAACCAGAUCAUCCACAGAGAUCUAAAAGCGGAGAACGUGUUCUACGCCAGCACCACCUGCGUGAAGGUGGGCGAUUUCGGGUUCAGCACGGUGAGCAAGAAAGGCGACAUGCUCAACACCUUCUGCGGCUCCCCGCCCUAUGCAGCGCCCGAGCUCUUCCGAGACGAACACUACGUGGGCGUGGGCGUGGAUGUGUGGGCCCUGGGGGUGCUCCUGUAUUUCAUCGUGACGGGCACCAUGCCCUUCCGGGCGGAGAACAUGGCCAAGCUGAAGAAGAGCAUCCUGGAGGGUGCCUACAGGGUGCCCCAGCACGUGUCCGAGCCCUGCCUUCGCCUCCUCCGGGGUGUCCUCCAGCCCAGCCCCACGGAGAGGUUCGGGAUUGACGCCAUCAUGCAACACGAUUGGAUGCAAGGGGUGCCUUACCCCACCCCGCUGGAGCCCUUCCAGCUGGACCCCCGACACUUGGCAGAAGCCAGCGCCCUCAAAGAGGAGGAAAAGGAGGUCAAACGCACUUUGGAGCACUUGGGCAUCACGGAGGAACAUAUUCGGAACAACCAAGGGAGAGAUUCCCGCAGCUCCAUCACCGGCGUCUACCGCAUCAUCUUACACAGGGUCCAGAAGAGAAAAGCUUUGGAAGGUGCCCCCGCUGUGGCACUCCCCGCCCUGAAGGACAGAGACUUAAAGAAAGGGUCCCGAAUCUAUAAAGGCAUAAGGCACACAUCGAAAUUUUGCUCAAUUUUAUAACUUGCACUAGACUGGUAGUGAUUGAACCAAACAUUGUUGCUGCUUUUAAAACUUUUUCAUGGACAACUUGGGUGAAAAGAAUUUUGUAAAUUUUUGAAUAAAAUUUCAGAGAUGCA